GUCCUGGCUGGAUUAUAAAAGCGCUUAUCGCGUGCUCGUUCACCCGUAUCUUUUCCUUGAAUUAAAAACGUCGCGUGCGGUGCGAUCAUUCGCGGUUUUCCGUCGGCGGUUCGCGCGGUAGCCACCCCACCUCGAUACACGCCCGUGGCGUUUUUCCUCUAUCGUGGGGAGCGCGCACCGAUGGAGGAGGGAAAUGCCACCUCGCGGUUUCGUUCGUCAGUCGAGAAUGGCGUAUGCUUUCGACCGGACGCCUUUUCUGAUCGGUGAACGCGCUGAGACGCUCCACUCCUUUCGCGAGACACGAGGGCCGCGCUCCUCGACGCGAACCGCGUUUCUUUCAUCCGAUAAAAAAAAUCGUGACUCGUCUAUCCUAAGGAAAAUAAUCGUACGUUCCUAAAAAAGUGUGCCUCUCUCUGAUUGCGCAGCGAUCGAAUAAUCCUACCAGUGACCAAGCGGAAUCGAAAAAUUCGUGGCGCGAGUGGUUGCUUGCAAACCAGCGAACGUUUCUGCGGUUCCUACGACGAACGUUCGUUGAGAAACGUCGACGAACGGUGUUGCGUGCCUCUGAGACGUCGUUUUCCAAACUGUGCUCCAAUUAUGAACAAUCGCGAUGUGGGGACAAUCGUAAAUAAUUGUUGGAAGAAUACAGUAAAUCGAUUUUUAGUAUUUGCAGGAUACGCUUGUGUUGUUAAAGAUUUUAAUCGUUCUACUUUUUUUUACUAGUACAAACGUAAUAUGAAUAUAAUGAAAUGAUAAAAAUAUGUAAAAUAUAAUUUUGUAACGUGAUGGGUAGAUUGUUUGUGCAAAUUCAUAUUUUGAUAGAUGCAAAAGAACGAAUUGGAGUUUAAAUGGAAUGAUCGAAAUCGACUCCUCAAUUGCCCAGUGAAGAAUACCCAACAACCCCCAUUCGCGUCUUCGAAUCAACGCCUGAACAGUUCAAGACUAGCCCACGAAAAAUCAACGCAAGAUCACCUAUGUGACUAAGGAAACUUUCCUCAAAGGGUCGUUGCACUACCGAAUUGAUCGGAGUAUUUUCCGAGCGUCCUUCAUCGAUCCCACGUGGGCGGCUCGCGUCGACGAGGAUCGACGCCUGGAAGUCGACUCGAGACUGGAAUCACCGCUGGAAGAAGGGCAGGCGGUUUCGAAAGUCGACGAUAUUUCGUGGACACUCGAAGCACGCGUCUCGGGAGUCCCCUAAGCGAAGGUGGUCGAUCGCUGCGAAGGAUUUCUCGCAACCUUGACCCACUGGGAUCGGUACGCUGUUACGAUUACGACCCGCGCCGGAUGAGCGACGCUCCGAAUGGAGGCUUCUCGAAGGAUGUUUUCACGACCAUGGGACCACGGUUGUUGAACGAAUCGCUCGGGAACCGGUGAACGCGCGCGGGUUUUUUGGUGACAACACCGUGGAAGCGUCAGAUGAAACAACUACUAUGCGAAGACAUGACUCCUGGUGGUCCUCAAGCGUGUGUUCGCCAAGUUCAGCGUGGGAGGGGAUAGGUGAGAGUUGGCGAGGCGCAGGAGAGGUGUUCUCGGACACCAAAAGCUGGGGCACCCUGACGAGGCGGUCCUGGAGGAGGAGGUGGGUCGCAGGAGAGAGGAAAGAAAGGAGGUGACCAUCCACCCCACAUGGACGCCACCCUCAAAGGACCCCCCGUACCCCCCACACCGGAUAUCCUGUCAUCACUACUUAGCCGCGGAAUAUCCGACCUGAACUCAGGGGCGUCGUUCUGUGACCCGUACCCGCGUCAACGUUCCCGUCGAAUAUCGAGGCAUCCGUCGCUUGAUGAUCGUCGUACGACGGAAACGACCGCCUACGCGUCAUCGUCAUCCUUCACGUGCCUCAAUCUCUCUCGUCUUUUUCGCCGUAAAUCGAAACGAUUGCCGAUUUUCUAUCACCGCGUCCCCAAGAAUCAACCAUUUCGAACACGAAAGCCGACCAAGGACGGAACGUCGACCUUGCCCGCGUCCAGAAGCACUCGUUUCCGGUUCCCAUCGGUAGAUACCAUAGACAGGAAGAGAGUACCUACGAUCGCAACGACAAACCCGCCGACCGGCGAUAGGAGACCAUUUUUUACCCUCGUUUUUACACCGCGGCUAUCGUGCCGUACGUUUGAUGCAUUUUCUACGACGCCAGCCGUCAACCAGCGUCGCCGCGCCCGGAAAGUACUUUUGAGAGGCGCCACCUUCCCCGUGAAACAUAUCUACAGACUCCGUCCAAAAGCGCCUAACUCAGAGCUACAGCCUAAUAGACUACGCGAACAAUGUCGCGCAGCGCUGCCACGCGUCCUAUGCAAGUGGUAAAAUUAAUUUUUUCUUCAAAACGCUGGGACUCUUUGGGAAACUCGUAAGGAACUCUUCAGCAUUGGAAUGAGAUCAUAUUUGGACUCAUCUUCAUUGGGAAAACAUCCCCAAUCUAUUGAAAAUAUCCACGGCACCACCAGCGUCGCGACGCGUGGCGCCGUCAGGGGACGACGCCUCGAAGUCUUUCAGCGAUCAUCGAGCAAAUACCUCCGUUCGACGACUCGGAUUUUCGUGUCGUACUGUUCGGUGUGUAAAGCCACGCCGUCGUGCGACGGCACCCUCGUGCAGUGCGUGAGAACGUGAUAUAUACGGGUGCGCGACGCGUAAGAAUUUUUCUCUCGUUACCGCCGUGGGUCAGUAAUCCGUGGACGAAAACACGGCCGAUCCGCGGGUCAGAAGUGUCACGGAGACAAUGGUUAUGAUGACGGCAGUGCUGACAGUGGCAGAAAACAUAGAAUGCCGGUGUCGAUGUUCCACGAUCGUAGAAACGAUAGAUGGUGUCCGCCCAACGCGCACCGGCUGACCAGUUACCCAAGAAAAUCGUGAAAAACAAAAAAAGAAGAAGAAGAAGAAGAAGAACGGAACAGUGGCCAGUGUCUCUCGUUGUACGAUCCGUUCCUGUCAUCGACGACAUUGCACGGCCACUCUCUCUGGAUUGAGAUUGUUCGUUCGUCUGGUGCUGUUUCCCGUAGUCUCGAAGGAAGCAGCAUCCUCUCGUCCGGACGGAUCGAUCGUCAUCGAGGCAUUUCUGAACGUUUUUGUGUGCGUCGACGAAGCGAAAACGUUGUCUUCGCCGUGAAAUAUCGCGUUUACGGCCUCGAUAUGCUGGCUCGUCAACGACGAUCGUUAUAACGACGUCGCCCUCGUCGACGCGGGCGCUUCGACCGCCUAUACCUUUGCACUGACUGCGAAAACAUCGAGAAAUCCCCUCGAACCGCAUAGAAGGCCGCGUGACCGUCGGCAGUUCUCGAAAGUCGCGCCUUGGGUACCCGCCUUCGACUAUCUGAAAUGUAUCGAGGUUUCGCUCCGGUAUCGUCGCCUCGAUACUGUCACGUGACACGAUCGCAAUAUUCGAAUUUCUCGCUCGUCGCUCCGGUAGAAGGACUCGGCGUCGCGGAAUUAUGCUGUGACCCAGUGCGCAACGACGUCGAAGAACCUGGCCGAUUUCCGGCCGAUCUCUCAACGACACGGAGCAACUCGUAAAGAGACGUUGUAGCGUAGCGAUAACAGGUAGUGCGAGUACAUGGUAUCGUUGAAAGGAAAAUGCCGAUCAAAGGACGGUGCCAUUCGUGGUUUAGUGGAAACGCUGUCAUACAAAAGCAUCGUCGUCUAACGAAGGUAAAGAUAACGGGCUAAUGCCGUCCUGCACCUGCAAUGAUUCGCGAGGACGAAGAAGAGGAGGGAUCCAGGUGGAAAUAUGUAAGAGGCGAGGCGGACAUCGUCUCGUCGGCACGGCUCAAGUGCCACGAGGAAGAAGAGGUUGGCCUUAUAGAAGGUUUAUAGUUUGCGUAGGAUAGACGAUGAGCGUCGAGGUUGACACGCUGGAACUCGAGGUCUUCGAGGUGAAGGACUGCGACGAGGCCGACAAAGUCUCGGCGACGUGCACCACGACGAAAUCGGACGCGGAAGGUAGCCGGAAAGGAUCAACGACCGCGGCGUCGGUGUGCAACGACGAGGAAAACGCCACCGCGCGGAAGAAAAAGAAGAAACGUCGGAAAACGCGGAACAAGCAGCAGCUGCAGCUGCAUCAUCUACCGCAGGGUUCGCCGGACGACAAUCAACACUCGCACACGGUGGUGAACCUGCCUUCGUCCUCGGACGAGGUGGAGGCGGUUGGCGAAUGCUCGAAACGAGACUCGUCCAGCAGCUUGGGCGGCGCCAGCCGCCACAACACCCUACGGGAAUCUUUGCUCACGGUUCUUGGUAAACUGGUGAUCUGGAAAGGCACUAGGUACCGAUCGGCCACCGCUGCGUCCUCUUCAUCUUCGGCGCCGCCGAAUUCGCCGCCCGCUACCGAGUGCAUCGGCCGUAGCACAUCCUUUUUCUCCAGUGAAACGGAGAGGAGAAUUCGCGCCAAUAACCGCGAGUUCAACUCACAGUUUAAUUAUGCGAACAACUACAUCAAGACGUCCAAGUAUUCGGUUCUGACGUUCCUACCAUUAAAUUUAUUCGAGCAAUUUCAGCGGCUCGCUAACUUUUACUUCCUAUGCCUGCUGGUGCUUCAGAUGAUCCCCGCUAUCUCCUCCUUGACCCCCAUCACUACAGCCAUACCCCUUAUAGGGGUGCUCAUGCUCACUGCCAUCAAAGAUGCUUACGACGAUUUUCAACGGCACAGCAGCGAUUCGCAAGUGAACAAUCGGAAAUCGCAGACUUUGCGAGGGACUAGUCUCCGGGAGGAGAAAUGGUCGCAAGUUCAAGUAGGCGAUGUAAUUAGAAUGGAGAACGAUCAAUUCGUUGCUGCUGAUGUCCUUCUUUUAUCUACUAGUGAGCCAAACGGUCUUUGUUACAUUGAAACUGCUGAAUUAGAUGGGGAGACGAAUUUGAAGUGUCGGCAGUGUUUAACUGAAACUGCCGAGAUGAUGGACAACCACGAAUUGAUUGGUCAAUUUGAUGGGGAGAUUGUUUGCGAAACUCCUAAUAAUUUGUUAAAUAAAUUUGAUGGUACUAUUACGUGGAAAGGGCGAAAAUACGCAUUGGACAACGACAAAAUUAUAUUACGGGGUUGCGUGCUGAGGAACACGCAAUGGUGCUAUGGUGUGGUCAUCUUUGCAGGCAAGGAUACCAAAUUGAUGCAAAACUCAGGGAAGACCAAAUUUAAGAGGACCUCUAUAGAUAGGCUGCUGAAUUUUCUCAUCAUCGGGAUAGUGUGCUUUUUACUUUCUAUGUGUUUGUUCUGCAUGAUCGGCUGUGGUAUUUGGGAAAGCCUAGUGGGCCGUUAUUUCCAAGUGUAUCUACCCUGGGACUCGUUGGUGCCUAGCGAGCCCAUGGGCGGUGCCACAGUGAUCGCUCUACUUGUGUUCUUUUCUUAUGCUAUCGUAUUGAACACAGUGGUGCCAAUCAGUUUAUAUGUGAGUGUGGAAGUUAUCAGAUUCGUUCAGUCGUUUUUGAUUAAUUGGGAUGAAGAGAUGUACUACGCACCUACGAAUACACACGCUAAAGCAAGGACUACUACGUUAAACGAAGAGUUGGGGCAAAUAGAGUAUAUAUUUUCCGAUAAAACCGGAACCCUCACGCAGAAUAUUAUGACUUUUAACAAGUGUUCUGUGGCGGGCAAAUGUUACGGGGACGUUAUCGAUGAAGUUACCGGGGAAGUCGUCGAUUUGAGCGAGACGGACAAAGCUGCCCAAACACCUACGAUGCGAUGGAAAAAUGGACAAGAGUUUGUUCAAGUUUAUACACCAAUAAGUGGUCCAAACGUACGUCUACUGGAACAUGUGGACAGGAUAACCAGUAUAAUUCCAGAACCAGGCGUCAAUGGCAGUCUGAUGGUUCCACGCAAACUUUCAACAGUACCGCCGUUGGAUUUUUCGUUCAACAAGGAUUACGAGCCGGAAUUCAAGUUCUACGACACCGCUCUCCUCGAAGCCGUGAAACGGAACAACGAAGAUGUUCAUAGUUUCUUUCGAUUAUUGGCGCUUUGUCAUACCGUUAUGCCAGAAGAAAAGAAUGGCAAGCUAGAAUAUCAAGCACAGUCGCCGGACGAGGCUGCCCUCGUAUCUGCCGCUAGAAACUUCGGUUUCGUAUUCAAAGAAAGAUCUCCGAAUAGUAUAACGAUCGAAGUGAUGGGAAAACGCGAGAUAUACGAGCUGCUUUGCAUCCUCGAUUUCAACAACGUUAGGAAGAGAAUGUCCGUAAUAUUGAGGAAGGACGGACAGCUCAGGCUAUAUUGCAAAGGAGCGGAUAACGUUAUAUACGAACGAUUAAAAAAAGGCAGCGAAGACAUGAUGGCGAAAACAUUGGAACAUCUCAACAAAUUCGCGGGCGAGGGCUUGAGAACAUUGUGCCUUUCGGUCAGAGAUCUGGAUGAACAAUUUUUCAAUGAUUGGAAACAACGUCACCAAGAAGCUGCCUUGAGUCAGGAAAACAGAGACGACAAGUUGGAUGCGAUUUACGAGGAAAUCGAGAAGGAUAUGACGUUACUGGGCGCUACUGCCAUCGAAGAUAAGUUACAGGACGGCGUACCUCAAACUAUCGCUAAUUUAGCUCUCGCUGGUAUUAAGAUCUGGGUAUUAACUGGUGACAAACAAGAAACGGCUAUCAAUAUUGGCUAUUCCUGCCAGUUGUUAACAGACGACCUUACAGAUGUCUUUAUAGUGGAUUCUACUACCUACGAUGGCGUCGAAAAUCAAUUAUCGCGGUACCUGGAAACUAUCAAAACAACCUCCAGUCAUCAAAAUCGGCCAACGCUCUCCGUUGUCACAUUCAGGUGGGACAAGGAAAGCAGUGAUACUGAAUACAAUCCUAGCAGAGAUGAACAAGAUGAACACGAAAUGGAACAAGCAACAGGAUUUGCGGUAGUUAUUAAUGGGCAUUCCUUAGUUCAUGCAUUGCAUCCACAACUUGAACAACUUUUUCUCGAUGUAUCGAGCCAGUGCAAAGCUGUGAUAUGCUGUCGCGUGACACCCUUACAAAAAGCAAUGGUUGUCGAAUUAAUCAAGAAAAAUAAAAAUGCGGUGACUUUGGCAAUCGGUGAUGGAGCUAACGAUGUUUCGAUGAUAAAAACAGCUCAUAUUGGUGUUGGCAUCAGUGGUCAAGAAGGUUUACAAGCUGUAUUGGCAUCCGAUUACUCGAUAGGACAAUUUAGGUUUUUGGAAAGAUUGCUCCUCGUUCAUGGCAGAUGGUCGUAUUAUAGAAUGAGCAAGUUUCUUAGAUAUUUUUUUUACAAGAAUUUUGCGUUUACGCUAUGCCACAUCUGGUUUGCCUUUUUCUGUGGAUUCAGCGCACAGACUGUAUUCGAUCCUAUGUACAUUUCUGUCUACAAUCUCUUUUAUACGUCAUUGCCUGUAAUGGCAGUUGGUAUCUUCGAUCAAGAUGUUAACGACAAAAAUAGUUUAUUGUAUCCAAAACUCUACGCACCCGGAUUGCAAAAUUUACUUUUUAACAAAAAGGAAUUUUGCUGGAGUGCCAUACAUGGUUUUUUUGCUAGUUGCGUAUUAUUUUUAGUUCCGUAUGGUACGUAUAAGGAUGGAGUAUCACCAAAGGGCUAUGUACUUUCUGAUCACAUGCUACUGGGAAGUGUCGUAGCCACUAUAUUAGUCAUAGUCGUGACGGUUCAAAUAGCCCUUGAUACAUCGUAUUGGACGAUUGUUAAUCAUAUUAUGGUUUGGGGCUCGCUCAUUUGGUAUUUUAUUUUAGACUAUUUCUAUAACUUCGUCAUAGGUGGUAGCUACGUUGGAAGUCUUACUAUGGCUAUGUCUGAAGCAACGUUUUGGUUUACAGCAGUCAUUUCAUGUAUCAUAUUGGUAAUACCUGUACUGUCGUGGAGAUUCUUCUUCAUUGAUGUUAGGCCAACUUUGUCUGAUAGAGUUAGGCUUAAGCAGAGGUUGGCGCAACUUCGUUCCCGCCAAAGUCAAGAUAUACUUCGUACUCCGUCUACGAGGCGGACACGACGAUCUCUUCGUUCCGGAUACGCUUUUGCGCACCAGGAAGGCUUUGGCAGGCUGAUUACAUCCGGGAAGAUUAUGCGAAAAUUACCAAAUGGUGCAGAUUUUAAGUUCGCCAUGCCGUUUACGAACAAUACCAGCAAACAAAUUAGUGUUGCCACCACGUCACCAAAGGACAAUGCAUCCAAAAAUUCGCACACACUGGAUACUAUUAAUCUGUAAUCUGGACAUUAUAUUGUAAGUCUUUCCACCAUCUAUUGAAUUUCGGAUUAAUGGUUUGCUAAACUACGUAGCAGCGUUCUGCAACAGAGUUACUCGAAUUUUUGCAAACGAAUUUUUAUGUUGAACACCGAACUGUUUUUUCUAAAAACGAUUAGGCAUCAGGUUUCGUUUCCAUGCAAUCUGUUCUUAUCGUACACCACAGGCAGAAAGCUUCGUGUACAUAUACGCGUCGCAGUAGAUGAUAAACUGUUUGCUAUCUUAUUGGAUUCAACUCUUUUUAUAUUGAUGCUUACAAAAAUUUAAGUAAUCGAAUUUCAUAAGACAAUAAAGUAUUAAUGGUUUGCGUAAGAAAUUCUACACACUAGUAACUACUAAAGAGUACUGUUUCUUUCUUCACCAAAAAUUAUUGUUAGUUAAAAAUCAUUUUACUAAAAUGCAUUUUCUACAAGAUCAAAAUCAUUGUUCUAGACUCUUACUGAAACUUCAAUUGUGUUUUCUGCGUCAUUUCUCUUAGUCCGCUGUCGUCUUUCCCCCAUUUUUUCAUUGCCCAGUUGAGGCGGGGGGGGGGGGGAGAGUGCUUGUCACUGAAGAAUUAAAAAGAUUAAUUCUGAAAGUUAGGUGUCAAAGAAAUGGAAUUUGAAUGAUAUACUUGAAUUUUGAUGAAGUUAUAAAAAUAAAUACCACAAUAAAUAUUUGAUUAUGCAAUUUCCAAUAGUCCGUAACUAAAAUUUAAUCACAGUAGACAUUUUCAAGGGUAUUAGUCUGGCAGUCAACGUGUUAAGAAUUGCUGGACGGAGUCUAAACAGAAUGUUAGCGGCGUAAAGUGCGAUAGAAGACGUGCGAGUGGUGUGGCGAAUAAUUUUUCAACAUCGGCAACCCUCGAUGGUGUCUCUUGUAUUCGGCUUCUACGUAUGCUUGUAGGCCAACCAUAAUGUCUACGAGCAGUUAAACGUUUCAAAAAUUCCACGUUCGUUGGUGAACUGUUACCUAAUCAAAGGUAAAGUCGAAUGUGUCUGAACCGAGCUCACGGAAAUAACCAAUCUCCAUAAAAAUGUUUGUCCCUUGGACCUAAGAAUGUAGGAGGGACAUCGGCAUCGAGAUCAUUCGUUCAUUCAUUUAUUUAAAGUGCGUAACUUAUUCUACAAAGUUAUUGCACUACUGCUUACUUAUUUCUAGCUUAUUUCCAUUCUUCUCAUCAUCGUCUUACAUAACUCCUGCAUUUUUUUUAAUACUAUUCACAGUAUCUCUUAUUUCUCAUCUAUUGAGGCCCGCUGGCCCCCCUCUAGCUGGGGCACCUCGGGGUUGCUAAGCCCGUGCUGUAGCUACAAACACCGCUACAGCCCCUGAAGGCAACAUCGACAUCGACAUCGACUAUUUCCGUGAGCUUGUCUCAAAAACCCUCGGCUUUACCCUUAAUUGGUUGACCAAUGAACGUGGAAUUUUUUAAAACGUUGAGAACUCCUAGUAAACGUUAUGAUUAAGCCUGCAACCAUACGUAAAACCUAAAUACAACCGACGUUUACCGAACAUUGCUGAUAUCAAAGGAUAUUCAUUACACCGCUCGCAUAUCUCCCAUCGUUUACCGCGCCAACUCAGUUUAGACUCCUUUCAGAGAUUCUUAGGUCCAUGAUGUCAAUAUAAAUCCCCCCCCCCCCCCCGCCCUUGACACUAUUAUCACCUUCCUCUAACAGAAAUACUCUGUCCCUAUAUAUUUUUAGGUCAAUGGUCAUUUACCUGUGUUUUCAUUAACUUUUGAAUUUAUGAAACUUGGUCAAUGGCAGAACUUUGAAUUUAAUUCCCUUCAAGUAGAAACAAAAACAACUGAUGGCACUUUCGUAAAAUUGUUCACUUUGUAACAUAUAGGCAAAUGUGUAAACAAAUUACUUUAAUUUAUCGUGCAACAUUUAUGUUACAUACCAAGAGUCUUGAACGAAAAACGAUCUCAAAUUUAAAGAAUUUAUUCAGCUACAUACUAAUAAUGACCUCUGACUAACUCUCGAAUAGUGCACAUGAAUAAAGAUGCACAGGUUGAUUUAUGAUUAUACAUAUUUGCUUGAUACACGAAAAGAUAUUAAAAAUUAUAAAGGUUAGCAAUGCGUACUGCGUAUAAAAUUGUUAGUUUAAUCAGGUCUACAGUGAUGGUGGACUGAUAUCGUUUUAUACGCUACAUUUGAAAUAAUUGCAAUUAUAUUUAACUGAAGAUCAAAAUCAAAGGACUGCAGAUUCGAAUAAUACUUUUAAUUUUUCAAUCUCUACUUAAUUUUCUAAGGUAUUCACUGUGUCCAGCAGAACGUAAAAACCAACUUUACUUAGACUUAUGGUUUUUUUUUAUAAGCCUUUUUUUUACGGUUUAAGUGAACCUUUCAUUUGAAAAUUGGCAUCAAAUAGGUUACGCAGUAACGAGAUGAAACAUAAUUUGUAUGAUCAUGACACUCCCUGUGUAGAUAUGUGUAGAGGUGUCAAAAGAUCAUAUACUAUCCCUACUUGUAUUAUAUGCAGUCCUAAUAUGAACAUGGUUGCUGUAAAAACAUAUUUACACGAUAUACUAUAUAAAUAUAUAAAUAAGGAUUAUAGUUAUGAUGAUAAUUGCCUUUAUGAAGUAUGAAUACAAGAAACAAUUAAAAUUACUGUAUCAUAGCAUUGACUGUAAAUAUUUUAAAGAGAUAUGUAUAUAUAUAUAUAUAUGUAUAUAUAUGUAUAUGUAUAUGUAUAUAUAUAUAUAUAUAUAUAUAUAUAUAUAUAUAUAUACAUAUACAUAUAAAUAUAUAUAAAUAUAUAUUAUAUUAAAUGUUAAGUAUACAUUUUUUAAAAGAAAGUAAUAUAUAGGUAGAUCAAUUUAAAAAGAUACGAAAAUAGUAGCUAUAUUAUAUUGUACUACUGCGGAUAAUGUUUGCCUUGGACUGACUACUGAAUAUAUAUAAAUAAAUAUAUAUAUAUAUAAUAUAAUAAAGUAAAAACAGUAGUAACAAUGAAAUAUGUAUUUCUACUUUUAAUAUUACAAUGAAUUCUAGGGAGAUAUAGUCUGUAUUGGGAAAGUGUGUUCCACAAAGAACUUUUUUAUUUAAACAGAGACAUAGGAAUUUAUUGCUUUCAAACAUUGUGCCUAAUCAAGAAGCUACACAGAGUGUUUCACAUUGCAAUUAUUCGUUUAUGUUUAUGGCGUACUUUAUAUCUGCAAUUGUAUUCUCUUCUUUAUUGAUUGUACGUUAAUUCUUUGCAGUUAAAAGAUACCGUGUGAGAUCGUAAAGAGGUUUCUCUAGAAUUCGGCGAGCAUCAUACGAGGAUAAGCCUAUGACAUCGUUGCUUUGAUCAGAUAGAGACAUAAAAUAUCGUGUCUGCGGGCAUUGCAGCUUAUAUUUAUUGUUUAUAGAGAUUGUGAAUAUUAGGGUAAUUUAAUAUGCUCGCCGAUUUUCAGAGAGGAUCUCUUAUAUCCCCGUACGAUACCUGUUAACCGCAAAGGUUUGUCUUGAACACUUUAAUUGUUAUCGUUCUUAUGCGAGUUUAUUUUCUAGUUUCUUCGAGUAAGAAACAUUUAUGUGUAAACUCCGUUUAUAUCGUAAUAUGUACCGAUCCAAAGUCAUGAAUGCAGAGAAAAAAUUCAAACAAAGAGACUGCUGCGUUUUUAUCUCCUCCUUUUUGAAAUAAAUGCUACGUAAUACAUCUAACGCAGAAAUGUCUAAGAGAAAACGGAAAAGUUAUUUUUGAUAAUUUCAAUGAGUUCGUAUGUUUUCUCAUCAGUGUAUCGAAAACAUUACUACGAAAAUGUUAUUUUCUUUUCUUUUUUUUUGAAAAUAAAAUCUAUGUGUUUCUAGAGUGAGACUUAUCAACUAAGAAUUGAGAUAUCAACUGAACUUUGUAUAAUAAAAGUUGGACUUUCAAUAAUGAUAUGAAUGGACUGAAGAAUAAUUUUACAAAUAUUUACAAAACGAAAUUGUGAAAUCAUCUUCAAUAUCGGAAGCAAACUGGACCGUGCUAAACUAUUCAUAUUCGAGAAGUUGUGAACAUAUUCUUCUUUACACUCAAAAAAAUGAUCCUAGUUAUCUAGAAAAUGCACCGCCUAUAUUUUUCGUCUAAACUGAUUUAUAUAUACAUUUAUUUUGUAACACUUCUUGCUAAGUAGUAUUUGGAGAUGUGAUAUUAUUAUUACGGACAGCUAUAUCAUAAUGUAUGUAUUACUUAUUUUAAAUCCCUAAAUGGAUAUAUAAUUUCAUUUUUAUUUGCAAAUAACAUCCUUGCCCUAGAAUCUGAUCGCCAUGAUUUUUAAAUAAUAUGGUGUGACAUUACCUACUAUGUUGCGUUUAUAUUCAAAAUAAUUCGAAUAGUACGUAUUAAAAUGCAGUUUUUACAGACUAUUUGGGUUACUGAAAAUUGUUUUUUUUUUUUUUUUUUUUUUUUUUAAUUUUUUAGUUUGAAGCAUUAAAAAAUCAGAUAAUUUCCAAACGAAAUGUACUGAUAUUGUUUAAAGAUCUUGGUAAAUAUUGACUUAAUGUAAAAAAUAAGAAUUUAAGGAGGAUAAGCAUUAUAAGGUAGUUAUAACACGUUGUUGGUUGCAUAAGUUGUUACAUAUGUUACUUUAAAUACUGAAUCAAAUGUCUAGAAACAAAAUGCGAGAGCAAAUUGUCUGCUGCAUGUGCUCUAUAGACUGCGCAUCAAUUACUGCUUAAAAAUAUUUGCUUAGGACAUAGUAUAAUUUAAAGGACAAAACAAUUGUACUCGUAGAUAUGUACAAUUGUUGAAUCUUCAUUGCAUUUCAUGUCCAGUGAAUAACCCUUUAAAGCAUUUUCAAGUACGUGUUCUUCGUGGGAUGCUAAUAUAAGACAAUAAUAUCAACAAUUAAAAGAUAUAAAGAUGUAAUUGAUAAUAUCUACGUCUUGAUUUGAUAUCUCCCAUUUUGAAUAAAUUAUACGAAUUAUGUUUAAAUUUUGUUUCCUUAAUAUUUGGAUGUAUAUUUCGAUAUUUUUGUUUUGUUUUCACGAUACUAUGUCCUAUGUACUAUUUCUAAUGUAUCCUACUUUUACGUAUUGAACGAUGCAUCCUAUCUAAAAUUUGAGCCCUACUGGAUUAAGGAAAGUUUUACAAGCAUGUUACACGCGUAGGGCCAUGCAGAAGGGCAAAAUAAAAAUGCUAAUGUUAUCGAAUACAAUGUUCCUUGCAAAGUGCACGCAGGAUAGGGAGAUAGUGUGUACAAACACAAAAAUCAUAAAAUCUAUCGAUUAUUAUGUUACGAUUUAAAAAGCGGUGGUGACUUUAAGUGGUUUAUGUUAUCGAGCAAUGUAUUAAUCAAUCGAUCGAAAUUAUUUCUUUGCAAUUUAUACAGAUGUCACGCUCAAAUAUAUUCAGUUAUGUAUUAACACAUUGUCACAAACGAUAGACAGAAGUUUUUCAUUUGUACUUUCAAUGAAUACGUCGAUACGAAAGAACGAUUUACUUUUUGUAAAUCGCGCUAGAUAAUGUUUUCUGGUUUUAUACUACACUCUGUGUACUAUAAAUUUUGUAAAUCUAAAUAUUGCUUUAAGUAUAUAUCGUGUACAGUAAAAUCUACUUCUUAAGUGUAUUAUUUUUAAUGUGUAAAUAACUCGCACGAAAGGACAGAUUAAUGUUGUAAAAAAAACAUAGUAAAGUAUUACUACCUUGUACACCAUUCAGAAAUUGAAUUUUGUCAAAUAUGUGUUUGUAGAAUUUCCUUUUAAUCGGAUUAUAAAGAAUGCUAUA